CCCUGGUGCAACACGAACCCAAAACAUAUCGAAAGGUACGCUAUAUGCGCGCGCCUUUCUGCUCACGAGAACCCAAACUUGGCUAUUGCCGCAUCAGGGUUCUCAAAUGCGGGUACCGACAAAGGCCCUACCUAUGUGGCUUGCCAGUACGUUCAAUGCCUUGGCACCCGAACAUCCACUUCGAGAAUUGCUUCCUCCUUCUCCGGUUCACGAAGGCGUGAUGGAGGCCAGCACUCGAAAUGAUGCAUCUCUACCAUGUUCUCAAGAGGCCAGUAUAGAUCGCAUGUUUGCCUUCUCUCCGUUCGAUGCUGAUGUACGGGAAAACAAUAAUACGUCUCGUGGAGCUCCACGCCCACCGUCUGCUAACCCGGUAUUCUGUGAUGCUGGGCCGAUGCCUUGUGACCCGACUAUUGUCAACGCGGAGUUAAAAACAUUCCACCUCGGAGAAGAUACCCUCGGGUUUCGUCCAUUUUCCACUCCUGGCUCACUCGCCGUUCUAGAACACGCUGGUAUUUCAAAUCAUCCACGUAACUUAACCCGCCCGUCAGAACCGCAGAAGAUCUCCACGCACGUGAACACACCCCUUUUGUCUAAUGACGCAAGUGUCAAUCAUGCCAAUUUUACAUCGUCACCUGUUAUUCGUCAAAGUUUGCCAGAGCCGGAAACUUACUUGUCCUCUGUAUACCGCGGAUCAUCUAUUGCUGCUUCCAACGAUCUUGGACCUCACUCACCGACGCCUGACUUCCUAGAGAACGACCUGAUGAAUAUAUUUUCUACCCCCGGACCGGCAUUUACCGUCUCUCGACCAGUGUACUUCGAUUCUCCCACUGAAGAUCCUUCACUGUCCGACCCUCUGGAGCCAGACUCGUACGAGCUUGACUUGGACGCUCUGGAUUUCCGCUGGCAGCCAUUCUUGAGAAAGUCCUUGCCUGACACUAGCUUGGCCAACCAGCAGACUUAUACCUUGCAUGCUUCGGCCACGGUUCCUCCCGUCUUUGAAGACCGCGACGUCCUUUCGUCGCUUUCGCCUCCUUCCUUCUGUGGUGUCGCUGACGAUCAAGCAGCAAUGCCAGAGGCACCUGACGCACGCGUAGAAUACGACCGCCAUGAUGGGCCCUUGGGUGGUUCACCCGUAUCUGAUCAUGUCGUCCAACAAUCUUCAUCACCUCAGUUGAAUGGUCAAAGUGGCACAGUGGUCUUCGCUCCCACUUUGGGUAUUUUUAUUUCACCGCUCCAGGGAGCACCAUCAUCCCCUGCGGUCCCUGGCAUGGUCGAUGCACAAGACGAGCAGGUGGAAACGCAGGGGUCAACAACGGUAAGCCCACAUGAAACAAAAUCAUCCCGCCAUAUUCAAACUCGUAUUGCCAAAGCUUUCCGCAGGACAUAAAACGCGCACUACGGAGAACCACGAACCUUUCACGCCCCCACGCCCAACUCAGGCGUCACAACCAACAACACCGAGGAAAGAUCGACCCAGUCAAACACGUACACCGCACCCGCCUCGGCAAGAACAACAAUCGACUGUCUCAUGGAUGCUAUCGCGUCGAUCGCUUUCACGGAGGGGCAGCGUUGGCCAUGAGGACAUUGAGGGAUUGUUUUCGCAGC